UGGUUUCAUUUUUGAUCUUCCUCCGAUCAUCGCUGAAACCGCGACGAUGGAUUUACAGCAAAAGCAGGCUUGUUGGAAAGUUGAACUCGAGGUUUUAGAUAACGAUUCUUCAUGGGUCAGUAAAUUUGAUCCUUCCAAGAAGAAGAAGAAGAAGAGGAAGCCUCUGAUACGCGAAGACGACAUCUUCUUCCAGAAAGGAGGAGACUUUACCGAGGAUAACGCUCCACACUGUCAAUCUGGCCGGAACUUUGAGCCAGACUAUGGCUACAAAGAGCUCUUGAGUAUGGUGUUUAAUAGGCUUCGUGACGAAGAUCUCGAGGUUUCAACAGAGAUGCCAAGAACAGUGAUGAUGCCUCCUCGGCUCCUUGCACAAGGGACUAUAACACUUUGUUUAAACUUUUCUGAUCUCUGCACAACGAUGCAUAGGAAGCCAGAUCAUGUCAUGAAAUUCUUACUUGCCCAAAUGGAGACAAAAGGAUCGCUGAAUAAACAACAGCGGCUAGAGAUGAAGGGUUUAGUGUCUUCUAAGGUUUUUCAAGCUGUGUUCCGGAAAUACAUUGAUGCGUUCGUAAUCUGCAUCUGCUGCAAAAGUCCUGACACAUCUCUUGCGGAGGAGGACAAUGGUCUUUUUAAUCUCAGAUGUGAGAUGGUAAGUAGAAUAAUCUCUGCAACCAUCUGAUUGCUGCGUUCAGUGUGGUUUAGUAGCGUCAAUUGACGUACCAAAUCUCCUGUGAAUAAACUCAUGAAGAUAUGGAACUUCAAGAGCCACGUGCUGGGCAAGGUUCCAUUGUAAGAUUUUUUAGUGAUUUCUUCUGACUUUGUUAGUCAGUUGUACAAUCUUGAACCAGAAGAUGCUUUCUCUACUAUACUAAUUAACUUUUCGCGUCCUGAGAGAUGUAGGACUGAACUAAAACUCUCGAAAACAUUUGUGAGAUGUUUUUUUUAGUGUAUGUCUAAUGGAACUUCUUUAGUGAUCA